CCGGGGGGGCGGGGGGAGCGCGGAGCGGGCAGGGGGCGAGGGACGGACGGACGGACGGACAGAGAGACGGACGGGGAGAGGAUGUGAAGAUGGCGGAGCUGCAGAUGCUGCUGGAGGAGGAGAUCCCGGGCGGGCGCCGGGCCCUGUUCGACAGCUACACGAACCUGGAGCGGGUGGCCGAGUACUGCGAGACCAACUACAUCCAGUCAGCAGAUAAGCAGCGAGCCCUGGAAGAAACCAAAGCCUACACAACGCAGUCAUUAGCAAGCGUAGCCUAUCUGAUCAACACUUUGGCCAACAAUGUUCUCCAAAUGCUGGAUAUCCAGGCAUCCCAGCUUCGGCGCAUGGAAUCUUCAAUCAACCAUAUUUCACAAACGGUGGACAUUCACAAAGAGAAAGUUGCUAGAAGAGAAAUUGGUAUCUUGACUACAAACAAAAACACCUCAAGAACUCACAAAAUCAUUGCACCAGCUAACUUGGAGCGACCAGUUCGCUACAUCAGGAAACCUAUUGAUUAUACAAUUCUAGAUGAUAUUGGACAUGGAGUGAAGGUCAGCACCCAGAAUAUGAAGAUGGGUGGGCUGCCUCGCACAACACCACCCACCCAGAAGCCACCAAGUCCACCAAUGUCAGGAAAAGGAACUAUUGGGCGGCACUCCCCGUACCGCACGCUGGAGCCGGUGCGGCCCCCGGUGGUGCCCAACGAUUACGUGCCCAGCCCGACGCGCACCAUGGCCCCGGCCCAGCAGAGCCCCGUGAGAACGGCCUCGGUGAACCAGCGCAACCGCACCUACAGCAGCAGUGGCAGUAGUGGAGGAAGCCACCCAAGUAGUCGGAGCAGCAGUCGAGAGAACAGUGGAAGUGGAAGUGUCGGUGUUCCUAUUGCUGUUCCCACACCAUCUCCUCCUAGUGUCUAUCCAGGUCACCCAGUUCAGUUCUACAGCAUGAACAGGCCUGCAGCUCGGCACACGCCCCCGACCAUCGGGGGCUCUUUGCCCUAUCGGCGGCCUCCUUCCAUCACAUCCCAGACGAGCCUUCAGAACCAGAUGAACGGGGGCCCCUUCUACAACCAGAACCCAGCAUCCCUUGCUCCUCCUCCCCCCUCCAUCCUACAGGUAACUCCACAGUUACCACUAAUGGGAUUUGUGGCCAGAGUUCAAGAAAACAUUUCAGAUACUCCUCCCCCACCACCACCUGUGGACGAGGCAGUAUUUGAUGAGUCUCCACCUCCACCCCCACCUCCAGAGGAUUAUGAGGAGGAGGAAGCAGCUGUGGUGGAGUACAGUGAUCCCUAUGCUGAGGAGGACCCUCCGUGGGCACCGAGGACAUACUUAGAAAAGGUGGUGGCAAUCUAUGACUACACCAAGGACAAGGAAGAUGAGCUCUCAUUUCAGGAAGGGGCCAUAAUUUAUGUCAUCAAGAAAAAUGAUGAUGGCUGGUAUGAGGGGGUCAUGAAUGGAGUGACGGGGCUGUUCCCGGGGAACUAUGUGGAGUCGAUCAUGCAUUACUCAGAGUGAAGACAGAGGACAGAACACUGCAUUUCCUGCUGCAGGAGCUGUCAGGGCUUCCCAGAUCUCCACCAGCCUCUGCAGCCCCAUCCAGUAUAACUGAAUGAAGGAUAAUUGUAACAACCACUCUUUUGGGUUUGAUUUGGUUUAUUUUUCUUUUCCCCCUCAUGAUAAGACAAUAGUGAUUUGAGUUGUUUGAACAAAUGGCUCUUCAGCUGCCAGCAGAGGCUAUCCUGAGCUGUCUGACUUUGAAUUAAGCUGACCCAUUCAGAUGUAACAAACUUGUUGAUUAGCUCAUACUUCACUUGAAUUCUGACUUCUGACAGGUCUUGGGAUCUGUCUCAGGAAUCCUGUGUGUCCUCACGGUACUACCGUUGGAAGCAGCUCCUGGCACUGGGGAUGUCCUGGAUGCUCGUGGUGAAGGUUACUGGCCAGUGGACAUCCCUCCUGUUUCUACACUACACUCCUGUGCAGCUGGAAGAACAGUCAUGUGCUAGCAAACACGGAUUUCUACACAGAAACGUCCCUGUAACUGACUUCCAGAUAGCUGGAUGCAUCUUUAGCAUAAACACUUCUGCAGCUGCUCUGCACAUGUAGGCUGACACAGGGCACACAGAGCCGGCUUUUUGUUCACUCACCUUUCAGUUUAGACAAUUCAGAUGGCUGCAGCCCAGAGGACCCCCACCCCCAUUUCUCAUCUUCUGAAUGCCACAUAUUUGUUUUGUGUUCUGCACUGAUGUAACUGUGCUCCUCUCCACAGCGAGCUCCUUGCCACGGUUGCUGCCAGUUCAAACAGAACUCACAGAUGCCGUUGAUGGUGAAGGCGAAACAAAGUUUACAGGUCCUCCUGGGGUCUGAGGAUUAACUCUAGGGGGUGUGAUACAAGGUUCAAAUCCACUCAUGCCUGCUUGCACUAGAGAAACUUGCCCCCAGCUUUAGUUUUAUGCACAAUAUAAUCUUAAAAAUCCAAUCAGGUAUUGUAAAUUGGCUAUUUUGUACUUGAUGACUAGAUUUGCAUAUGUACUGUGAGAGCCCUGUGCAGAGGCAGGACAAACGGCAAUUGUCGUCUUCAUGUCUGUUGCCAAAAUCUCUUCAGAGGAAGCAAAAAGGGCUGUUGUGUGUACUGGUUUCCCAUGGAAAUCCAAGCAGUAACUAGUAGUAGUCCUAGCUCUUCCCCUAGCCCUCUCCAUUGUUUAUUAUAAUAGAUAUUUUGAGCUGUACUGGUGGCUUGGGGUGGAGUAAUAAUACCAAGUGAAGGCUCUGUAGCUCCUUGUGAUGAUACUUGGCUUUCUAAUCUAGUCUCAGUUAAAAAUUCUGCUGAGUGAUUGUACACAGCAGAUCACUGUAAGUGAUGGUUGUACUUAUCUGCCCUUAGGAACAUCUGAAUGUUACCUUUGGGUAAAUAUCAUGCAUUAAGUAAUUAAAUUUCCUGUUUAGUCUUCUUAGGCUGCAAAUUGAGCUGAUCCUGAUUGUGAGAGCUUCCUGGGCAAGGACAUCUUUCUGGGCAACUUUAGACUGUCACCUGGCCAAGUUCUAACUGGUACCAAGGGUAGCUUGUCCAAGGUGAGACAGUGCUGCAGCUGGAGAGGCCGUGUUAAAGCAGAGCAGUGCACAAAGAGUGGGGCUGGCUGUGUGGUGGCAUUGGCACCAGUACAGGUAACUGACCCAGCCCCUUGCUUGGCAGGUAGUGCAGUACCAGCACGGAGGUGGCAGAUUUGGUGCCAGCCUGGGCAGGGAGGUGCCAUAGCUGCUCAGAGGGGGCGAAUGAAGAAACAAAUAGGUGUGUUUGUAGGCCAUGGAGGAAUGUGAUCACCUGCUGUGAGCUUGUGGAACUCCUGUGACAGCACACAAGAAACCGGUUUGGUUAAGGUCUGCAGGAAGGACAACUGAAGAAACUUGUGUGCAGAUAAAACUCACUUUUUCCCUUGCUAAUCCACGUAUUGUCUUCUUUCUGGAAGCUGACAGCAUUGUUUGGAAUGAGUGCCAGAACAGAUACCCUUUAAGCCUUUUACUCUCUGAAAAGUUUUCUUGCAGCAAGACUAAGAGAAACAGCCAUGUUCAGUUCCCUCAGCCCAUCAUUUCUGCAGAAGCAAGUCCAGAACCACUGGGGUUGUGCAGUCACUGGAGUAACUGUUUCUAGUGUCAUUGGACAGGUCUAAGCUUUUGGCUCAGGGAGGUGGUGCUUGUAGCGAAGGUGAUUGAACAGCAGCAUUUACAAGCCUUUGGUGCUUACAGGGCAACUGUGUUUUCCAGGAGUAUCAGAGCUUUCCUGGCUUCUCCUGCCUUGGAUAUGUUUGUGGCAAAAACUGAGCCCACAGUGCUCAAAUGCAUUGUUAGGGCAGCUUAAUGAACCUCUGCCUGUGCACACAAGCUGCAGCUGGUAGGUCACACUUUAGUGAAACAUGUCUUAACCCAGUCUGAGAAAGAGCUUGUGCUUGAACACUUCUGGCAGGUGGGUGGGGUAGUGUGUACUCCCACUGUGUGUGAUACUUAAUCUUCAAUAAGCUGGUUUUUCGUCUUGCAAGUAUUCUGUGUUGUGAGAGCAGAGAGAGCAGUGUGAGCUGAACACUUGCCAGAGCUCAGCACAGAAGAUGAGGCUGUAAAGCCCUGAAAGUGGAAUGUAUGACAGCUCCUGAAGAACUGGCUUUGGUCUGACGUGCCAGGGAUUAGUUUGGUCUCUGCCGAUAGUACACGGAAUUGUUUAUCCUGCCAGAACUGCUGUGGAUGGAAUUUCUGGGUCACCUCCUGCUGGUUUUAUGCUUUAUUAUGCAGUACUAAUGUAAAGAAAUUUGUUGAGUUAUAUGCAUAUUUUUAUUUUGUACAGAUUUUAAUUCUGUUGCUUGUUUGGGGAUGAUGUGAUGUAAUGGUCAUAGACCAGGCCAAGGUAAACAGGCUUUGUAUAUUAAUGUUACAUAGAUUGCAUGCUAGUAAAGUCAGUGAGGGUUGUGUUUCCAGUUUUGUCCCUUGUACUUCUCCUUGUCCAAAACCUUCUCUUCCCCACCCCUUUUUAAUUUACAGGUUUACUUUAAAAGGGGGUGGUAGAUGGGGGGUGGGGGAGAAACACCUCAGUAUUUUAAAUAAGAUGCACAACAUCUCUUCACUGCUGAGUUUCGCUGCCACAGCUCAUGGUGUUCUGCAUCACAGGCUGUUGAAGAGGGAGUGUGUAUGCAUGAGAGGUGGGGGAAGGAGACAGUCCAGCAUAGCCCAAAGAGUGCUGAAUGGCCAAAAUGUUUAUGUUUCUCCCUUUGUGAGAACUGCCUUAGCCCAGCCAGCUGUUUCCAUUGUGCACAGAAAUUGUUCAGCAUCCUCUAGCGGUGUAUUUUGCCUUGGUUUGCAGUGUAUCAAAGGUUUCUUCCUUCCUCUUGGUGCCAGGGACAAAGCUAUUAACUACAGCUGCCUCUGUCACAUGCCCGCAUGAGAGGGUCUGGCUAAGUCUGUCCAUAUCUAGUGCUGAAGCAGGGUCAUUUUGGUGUCUUCAUACCAGCUAAGGAGAGCUGAGGUUGCACAUGUCUCACCCAUUCUUUCCCUGCCUUUUCCUCUUCCCCCCAGCUGGUGCAGCAGAGGGCUGAGAGAGGCAGGAGAGGCAACCAGAAAAUUCUGUGCAUGAGGGUGUAUCCUUGUGCACUGGCUGGACUAGGUACCAGGGAGCUGAAGCAGUGCUGGAUCACUCACUGGUCUGACUGGUUAGACACAGACACGCACUGAGGCACUGAAGAGCCACUGCUCUCACUGGAGGACAAGAGCUGUGGCUUGGCCCUGAGGUAGAUGACAGAGCUUGGUGUGUGUUACCAGAAGGCUGACCAUGUUCCUGGAAUUCAGCUUGUCCUUGCAGAUAGUUGAGCUGGAUGUCAUGAAAGUGUCUGGAGAUGUCUGCUGGUGUGAACCACAGGUCCGCACAGGUCCUGGUAUGUGGGUGGCUUACCUGUGGGUGCUAGAAAGGCUUAGACCCAGCUAGUUCUUGCUAGAGCAGUUUCUUCUCCUUUCACAGCUGCUGGGCAUUUUCAUUUCUUGCUGCUGAGGGUUCUUGGUGACAGCCAAAGUUGACAGUGGCAGUAAAGCAGCUUCUGAAAUGUGCCACUUUUACCUGGGGUAUUUCAGUUGAUGAUGAAAAGAAAGCAAGGAAGCAUCAGGACUGAGGUGCCUUUUCUAGCAGAGGGUGUGUGGGCUGCCUGCCUGCUGUGGAUGUGCACAUAGUUGACUAGAGGUGGAAGAGGACUGAGCACUGAUAAUGCUGCACUUCUGUGGUGUCUCCCACCUGUGCUUGAUGGUGACUUAAUGCUGUGCUCUUCCUAGCAACUUCCACCACUUCCUGGCAGAUGCUGUGGAUGCGCCUCUCUGCUGGAAACAAGCUUGCUUUUUCAUUUAGUUACAUCUCUGGGCUCUAGGCAUAGAGCAAAAAAAAAAAAAGCUUUCCUUUCUGGAAAAGAUGGAACUUUAUUGUGGUUUAGUAAACUGGGAGCAUUUAUAGAGCUGCUCCUCCCAGAGGUGCAACAGGACACUAUAAAAAAGGGGACAGCUGUAUUCUCUGCAGGCUCUUUUUGGAAGCUGCUGUUGAAAAGACCAUAGUGCUGUGGCUUUACUGGGAGUAAUAGUUGCAUUCAGGGUAGUCUUGAUUCAGAGUAUUGGGAGUCACUGGUGAAGCGCUGCAGCAUUUCAGGCAGCAUUACAAACCCCAUGAAGAGACUUCUGUACCUAUGUGGCAGCUGUGGCAGUGGAAAACAUACAGCACUGUUGCAUUCACUAAGGCAAGUAUUUAUAACACUAACCUCUAGGGAAAGUGGUGGUGGAAACUGAGCGCCAGCAGGAUCAUGGGCUACAGCUUCUGGGGUGCCAGUUAUGAGAAUUUACUGUGCUUACAGGUGUAUUCAUCUUCCCCAGCUUCUGGCAUCUCCCAGUAGUUGGCACGGCUGCAUUUUGUAGAUAAAAUGGUUAUUACACAGAGGUCAGAACAGUGCAAGAAGGGAACAAUGUGUGGUUUGUUUUGGUGAUUUUCCCCUGCAGUAGCUGAAGUCAAUAUGUAGUAACAGCCCUAUUUACCUACUUCUGAAGUUCAAGCGUAGUGGGAUCUGCACCUCAAGUCCUUGGGGACGUGCUAAAAGCUUGGUGCAGCCAAGGUUUGACAACUGCUGUUAGAGUAAUUCACAGAUUGUGAUCUGCUACUUUCAUUUGAAAAAAACCCCACCCAUGUGUUUCGUGUAAUCUCCAGCCCAUGCAGGAAGAGGUUUGGGGGGGUUUUUUUGUACUCUAAAUAUACUAAUUUUAUUAGCACCUGUGCUUAUUACAAGACAGUGAUGGCAGCAGCUGCCUGCUGUCCAGAGGUAAGCCUACACCAAGGAAGCUGCUGAACACUGACAUGGGGACCCUGCUGAAAUGGGUGCAGUACAUUUGUUACAGUUUCAUUUUACACCUCAGAAGAAUCCUACCACUAUUAACUAAUAGGAAGAGCUAUGUACAAAUUUAUUUCCAUUACAGCGCCUCGGUAAGUGCUGACAUGUCCGAGAUUUUUUUUGUAAAGAACAAAUGCUUCUUUUCACAUUUGAAAAAGUGUCUUUUGCAACUUGCAUGGACAAGUAGUUUCCAUGAAUUCUCUGGAGAUGUCAGUGUCUAACAUUGAUUUUGUCCAUGCACUUUUUUCGGAAGGCAGAUACCCCCCCCUUUGGUUUGCAGCCGGAGCAGCACUCUGUGCUUUUGCUUUUGGCACUGCUGCUGCAGUGGAUGGAUGCAGAGCCCACUGUAAAUGACCAAGCCCGCAGGACUCUGGGGAGCUGUAUGCCGCCAGUAACGUUUUAGUGUGUGUGCCAUUUGAACCACCUUCCAGUGAGUGCAAAACCCAAUUUUUAAAUUUUUUUAAUUGUACUUGGAAUUAACUGUUGCUGUGUACUAAACCCUCUUGUUAUGAGCCCUAAAUAAAAAGAACAAAGCACA